AUGUGCAUUGAAGAAGCGAAGUUCACCGACAAGAAGCUCCCGCAUCUCCGACUUGGAGAACCCCUCCUCGAGACGACUGCCCCGUACUGCGAAUUCGUCUCCAUCCAGUACGCUACUCUCUCCGCAAGCGAGGCGGAAUCACUGAGAGUUGAGGGAAUCCACACCCGCCGAAUCGGGCCGCACAAAGUCCUCAAUGUCAAGCCACACCCAGCAGGCGACACAAGAACGCUCCAUCCAAACUCUCGCGAGUAUGCUGGGGAGUACGAGGGCAAGGACGUGCUCGUUACCCAAUGGGACUUUAAGAUGAAGCUCGCCCGUCGGCCGAGGAGGCGGAUGCCGGAUUUUCGAGCCCGGCUGGACGAUUUCAAGGCCACCAUUCCGCGCCUGGAGAGCUUCAACGAGCCCGACGUCACCAUUCCCUUUGCUUUCAUACAUUGGCAGGACCUUGUGGCAAAUGAGGAGAUCUUUCACGAGCGGAUUAGCUACGCGCAAUACCUAAAGCCGACGGAUUCCAAUCUCUUGCAGAUCGCCGACCGAUUGGAAGGUGAGAACAUAUCGCUCCCUCAUCUCGCCCGCUCGUUGAGCAACGGGCUAAAAUGUCUGCACGAGAAGGGGCUGGCGCACGGGAAAAUAGAUAACGGUUCAGUGUGGACCGAGGAUUUUGUCAAUUAUAAAUUAUCGGAUGGACAUGUGAAGAAAUCCAUCUCGGAACUGGCGGAAGUCUUCGGCGCCAUCAUGCGGGGCGAGAACGGUCCCCACCCAUCUGCCGUGCAACUCGAUUGCAAGGCUCAUCAGAAGCAGGAUCUGAUCGAUCUCGGAAUUCUUCUUGGAAGUUUUACGCUCUCCCCUCCUCGCGGGGCUAUGGGCCAUUUUUUGAAAGCGUGCGAGGACGCUAGCGAUGCCAUAGAAUUGGCCGAGCACUGUCAGUUUACAAGAGAUCCCAAUAGCUGCGAAGAAGUUGACGCCGGUGAUGCCGAUAUGCAAGACCAAGACGCCGAUAUGCAAGACCAAGACGCCGAUAUGCAAGACCAAGACGCCGAUAUGCGACCUCGCUUCCUACUCGUUCCCGACGGAUCCGAUUCUGGCGAUGGGCAAGCGCCCGAAAUUGAGGAGCAAGAUGUGGACCUUUUUCCCGAGAUGGUAGACCAACACGGCGAUGUGCAGCUGAAUCUCGGUAGCCCGAGUGACAGCAACUUCCUGGUGUGCCCUGUUUGUGAAGACCGAAUCUGCCAGGACAUGUCGAGGUGCGCUACAUGCAACAAUUGGAUCCACGAGGGUUGUGCAAAAGUGGUCGGCGGCGUGCGGUUCUGUUGCGGCGAUGAGUGCCGU